AUGAUAAGUGACAGUAAUAGAGCUUGCAGGCCUAUUACUAUGCAAAUCAACAGGGGAUAUAUUGCUGUUGCUGGGGAUGAUGAGUCUGUGCAAGAAGCACCAGGACUUGGUCGAUCCCAAGAGGGCGGUGGGCAGCCACAUGGUCUACUGCCUUCUGAGCCCCCUUCCUACGGAGAAGCGCACAGUGAGUUAGAGGGGCAAGGAUCACAAUUUGAAAUGGAGUUCAGUGAUUUAGAGGGCGACAGCUACCAAGGGCGGUUUCAGAAACUUCGAGAGCAGUUCAAGUACAAAGUGCUCGAUCGAGUACGGAACCGGAUUAUAGAUCCGUUAGGCUACUUGAUGCAGUUUCUGUCCGAAAAGACAGACUACUACCUGAGCAAGGUUGGAAAUCCGUUGCUGCUGCGCCGUUUCUUGUACAUUCUGGUGAUGUCGGCAAUGAUGUAUUAUGUGAUGAUCAGCGGUUUGCUGCCGAAUAACCACAAUACAGGCAUGCACGGGAUGUUCUCGGAUCAACAGCAGUUGAUUGAAUACGCGCGUCGGUGUGUUAACUUUGCAAAGAUGGAAGAAGAUUUGGAGUACCUGAGCAAGAUGCCGCAUAUGGCUGGCACGAAGGGCGAUAUGGCGAUGCUGAACUAUGUGAAGUCGUCAUUCUCGAACAACGGACUGAAGGUUAUCCAGCGCGAUUACCAGACUUACAUCAACUACCCGGGGCCUGUUAGCACCGAGAUAUUCAAGGAUGGAAAAUCAUUGUUUUCGUUCUCUCUUACAGAGGAGAACUUCUGUCCACUGUCGCCCGUUGGAAGCGUCGAAGAUGCCAGUAUUAUCUACGCACACCGCGGGACGCGAGCAGAUUUGGAACGUUUGCGUGAUGCGCACCUACUAGACGAUAAGACAGUGUUGUUAAUGCACUAUGGGGAAGUUGUGGCAGACCAAGUGUUUUUAGCACAGGAGUUUGGCGCGGUCGGUAUUCUUUUUGUAUCUGAUCCAUAUGGCACUGACGAGAAUGUGAUUCAACGAAUGCCUGUCGGUCUACCUCAGUAUGGAACUGGUAACCCAUUAAAACCAUCUGCUGCCGAAGACCCGUCUUCGAAGUUGAAUGGUAAGGAUACCGCAGCGAUACCAAAAAUUCCCAUAAUUCCAUUGUCCUACAAGCAGGGGCGGCAAAUACAAGAAGUCUUAGCGCACUCGGAGCAGACUAUAAAAUUUAGAAAUGGAUGGUAUACAGGUACUUUGAAAGAUAUCAAGGUAAAUAUGAAGUCGGAGCCCAAAGAACGAGAAGACCACCAUUCUUGGACUGUUUUUGGUAAGAUAGAUGGGAGGGAGCAAAAUGAUAAAGCCAUUCUUGUAAUGGCAUCUCGUGAUUCGAUAGGAUAUGGUGCCUCAUACCCCAACUAUGGCCAAAUGAUGCUACUUUCCCUAGUUGAACUCUUCCAGCAGAUCAAAUAUAAGUUCGACUGGAAGCCACUGCGCAACAUAUACUUUGUUUCAUUUGAUGCUUCCGUUUAUAAUUCAGCAGAUGCUACGGAGUUGCUGUGGAGUGGAGUUGAUAAACAUAAGAGCCGAAUUUACUCAGUCAUAGACAUCAGCCAGCUGGGCCUGGAAUCUGAUGGGAAAAAGCAGUUAGAUAUCCAAGCGCAUGCCCUUGUGCAGGCACUAUUUAGCCAGGAGCGCGAAAAGUUUGGCUUUGAUAUGCAAGUUCGUGAUGUUGAACAGUACGGUGACUGGACUCCAUUCAUGGCAAAUGGAAUCCCUGUGGCUGUGCUCUCUUCUCGGAACGUAGUGGAGCGGAAACUGCCCAUUUUUACAAAGCAUGAUACAUUUGAGUACCUCAGCAAGACGGUUCUACAAAACAAUGGCUGGGUAAACACCGGUGAUCUUUUGCUAGUUGUGUUCCAAGCGCUCCUCAAACUCGCCGAUGACCCUUUGAUCCCAUUCGAUAUUUUAACUUAUGCUGAUGACCUAAGCCACCACCUUGAAGACCUCGAACGCAUGGCGGAAGGCCAGGAUCUGGUCUUCACCCAGGUUAAAGAAGGCCUCAGCAUUUGGAGAAAGCUGGGUGAGGACUGGAACGUCUGGCGCUCCACCUGGAACCGCAUCGUUAUGAUCGAUAACAACGGUAUUGAGCCCUCUAUUCUUUCGAUUGAAAGGUGGACACAAAACAAAAAACUGAGCAAUAUCGCCGCCCGUCAGUUUCACCGCCAGGGUCUUCCCGGACGUGCAUUCUAUAAAAACAUUAUUUUUGGGCCUUCCCUCUACCUCUCUGAUAAGUUUCAUUCGUGGUCUUUUCCAGCUGUUAGAGACGCCAUACAGAGCGGAGACAUGACACGGGCACACGCCGCCCUUAAAUACCUUGCCACUAUCUUGAAGAUAUCGGCUGAAAACUAUCAGGACGAGACAUUAAACUUGUAA